AUGGAAAUAACUGCUGAGCACAAAUGCUUGAAGAGAGGAGUAAAGGAAGUGGUUAAAAGUAUUAGUCGUGGUCAUAAAGGAAUGCUUAAUCAUGUUCCUUCUAUCUUCUAUGUCAUAACUCAUGUUCCGAUUCUAUGUGAAGAGGCAGACAUUCCCUAUGUUUAUGUUCCUUCGAAAGAAGAUCUUGCAACUGCAGGAGCUACCAAGAGACCAACGUGCUGCGUUCUGGUGCUAACCAAGCCAACCAAAGGCAAACUAGACCCUGCGGAACAAGAAAAGAUAAAGGCCGAUUAUAGCCAGGUAGUAGCAGAUAUAUCUGAGCUUACAUCCUCACUCUUUUAAGAAAUUGUGUUGUCAUAUAUAUAUGUAAGCUUUGAUGUUUAGAUUCUAUCUUCUGCUUUUCUAGGCGAUGUGCUUUACUGAGUUGAUACUUCAUUGUAACUAUGUAUCUGGCUUAUGUGCUUUCAUUUUAACCCACCUGUCUUUAUUUAGUUAAAUUCUCAUCUCUUUCUCUCAAAUGUGUAAUGGUUAAAAAAAAACACAUGAAAU